AGUUCGUGGACUUUUAUUUUGAAACGAAACCGACAGUGUUAGCGGAACAACGCAAACGCAGCAUUUGUACCAGGUUCCUGUUGCCGACACGUGAGGCAGGCAGCAUGGAUUUCUCCUCGAAGUGGAGCGGUUUACCUGCUGCUCCGAGCCUCAAACACCUCACACAGACAGGCUUCGGCGUCCCGAAGGACAAACAGCACGCAGCAGUGCAGGAGCUGGUGAAAGCCCACAUCGAGUCGUUCAACGAGGCGGUCACUGAUGGCCUUUGCCGAGUCGUCGAAGCUAUUCCUCCUUUGGAGUUCAUGUGCAAGGGAGACCGAAUCAGCCUGGCUUUUGUGGAGGCCACCAUCCAAACCCCUACUGUGGCCAAAGGGGCGAUCUGUAAGGACCUUCGUGUCUUCCCAGCUGAAUGUAGAGGGAGGAGAUGCACAUACAGAGGAAAGCUGGUGGUAGAUAUUAGCUGGUCAGUGAAUGGGAUGCCUAAAGGAAUUCUAAAGCAGUCUUUGGGGCAGGUGCCCAUCAUGGUAAAGUCAAAGCUGUGUAACCUCUAUAGUCUCUCACCUAAAGAGCUCGUAGAGCAUCACGAAGAGGCAGAGGAAAUGGGAGGCUAUUUUAUAGUGAAUGGUAUUGAGAAAGUGAUCCGCAUGCUUAUUAUGCCAAGGAGGAACUUUCCCAUCGCUUUGACGAGAUCAAAGUUUAAAAGCAGAGGACAGGGCUACACAGAAUACGGCAUUUCGAUGCGUUGUGUCAGAGAUGACCACUCAGCCAUCAACAUGAACCUACACUACCUGGACAAUGGAACAGUCAUGCUAAACUUCAUUUAUAACAAAGAGCUCUUUUUCCUUCCGCUUGGCUUUGCUCUAAAGGCCCUGGUGGACUUCUCAGACUACCAGAUCUACCAGGAGUUGAUAAAGGGCAAAGAGGAGAACUCCUUCUACAAGAGCUGUGUGUCAGAGAUGCUCCGCUUGGUGAUGGAAGAGGGCUGUACUACCAGAGGGAAGGUGCUGAACUAUCUGGGGCAACGUUUCAGGGUGAAGCUGUACUUGCCAGAGUGGUACACAAACGAGCAGUGUGCUAAAUACCUUCUAGACGAGUGCUUGUGCAUUCACUUGAAGUCAGAUGUAGAGAAGUUCUACAUGCUUUGUCUGAUGACACGGAAACUGUUCGCCUUUGCUAAGGAAGAGUGUCAGGAAGAGAAUGCAGACAGUCUGAUGUGUCAGGAGGUGCUCACACCUGGACAGCUCUAUCUCAUGUUUCUGAAAGAAAAAAUGGCAGGCUGGCUGGUGUCUGUCAAACUGGCCUUAGAUAAAAAGAUCCAAAAAGGAGGAGGAUUAAACACAGAAAACCUGUCCAAGAUCUUUAACUUGGGAACAGACCUCACUAAGGCCUUUGAGUACCUACUGGCUACAGGCAAACUUAUUUCCAAAACAGGUUUGGGAAUGCUUCAGAAUAGCGGUAUGUGCGUGGUGGCUGACAAGCUGAAUUUCAUUCGCUACUUGUCACACUUCCGCUGUGUGCACAGAGGGGCAGUCUUCGCCAAGAUGAGGACUACAACAGUGCGAAAGUUGCUGCCCGAGUCCUGGGGCUUUCUCUGCCCCGUGCACACUCCUGAUGGAGAGCCAUGUGGCUUGAUGAACCACAUGACUGCUCAAUGUGAGAUUGUGACCUCAGUUUAUCCCACCACCACACUGCAGGCCCUGCUGUGCUCUCUGGGUGUAACUCCAGUGGACGCUACUCCUGGCCAGCCGUACUCCACCUGCUACCCGGUGGUACUAGAUGGGGCUGUGAUUGGCUGGGUGGAGAAAGACCUCGCACCCUCUCUGGUGGAGUCUCUCCGCAGGUUUAAGGUUCUGGGGGAGAAGAAAAUUCCUCCAUGGACUGAGAUUGUUCUGGUUCCUCAGACUGGAAAAGCCAGCAUGUACCCAGGCCUGUAUCUCUUCACCACAUCAUGUCGCAUGAUGCGGCCUGUCCGCAACCUUGCCCUGGGCAAAGAAGAGCUCAUCGGCACUUUUGAGCAACUCUACCUUAAUGUGGGGAUAUUUGAGGGUGAUAUUCAGCAGGGUGUGACCACACACCAGGAGCUCUUCCCCCACAGCAUGCUCAGCGUAGUGGCUAGCUUCAUCCCCUAUUCUGACCAUAAUCAGAGUCCCAGGAACAUGUACCAGUGCCAGAUGGGUAAACAGACUAUGGGUUUUCCUCUGCAUUCUUACCAGGACCGCUCUGAUAAUAAACUCUAUCGACUACAGACUCCUCAGAGUCCUCUGGUCCGACCAACGAUGUAUGACCACUAUAACAUGGACAACUAUCCCAUUGGCACAAACGCAGUAGUGGCUGUCAUUUCCUAUACAGGCUAUGACAUGGAAGAUGCCAUGAUUGUGAACAAGUCAUCAUGGGAGCGUGGCUUUGCCCAUGGCUCUGUCUAUAAGACUGAGAUUAUAGACCUGUCAGAAAAAGUCAAAGGUCAGGAUGGUGUGGUGUUUGGGACUAAACCAGGUGACCCUAAAGUGGGUGACCGACUGGAUGUCGAUGGACUGCCCCCUAUAGGAACAGUCCUGAAUUAUGGAGACCCUUUUUACAGCUACAUCAACCUCAACACAGGCCAGAGCUUUGUCACCUCAUUCAAGAGUCAGGAGAGUUGUGUGGUGGACAACAUCAAAGUUUGCAGUAAUGACGUAGGCACAGGUCGGUUCAAGCGCAUCUGCAUUACCAUGCGUGUCCCACGCAACCCGACUAUAGGAGACAAGUUUGCCAGCAGGCAUGGUCAGAAGGGCAUCCUGAGCCGCCUGUGGCCAGCCGAGGAUAUGCCGUUUACGGAGAGUGGCAUGACCCCGGACAUCCUGUUCAAUCCACACGGCUUCCCUUCGCGUAUGACCAUCGGUAUGCUGAUAGAAAGCAUGGCAGGGAAAUCUGCAGCCCUCCAUGGCCUGUGCCACGAUGCUACACCCUUCACCUUCUCUGAGGAAAGCUCUGCCCUGGAGCACUUUGGUGACAUGCUGAAGGCAGCAGGCUACAACUACUACGGCACGGAGCGGCUGUACUCGGGCCUCAGUGGCCUGGAGCUGGAGGCCGACAUUUUCAUCGGCGUGGUUUACUACCAGCGGCUGCGUCACAUGGUUUCUGACAAGUUCCAGGUGCGAACCACUGGAGCAAGGGACAAAGUGACCAAUCAGCCAGUUGGGGGGAGGAACGUGCAGGGAGGGAUUCGUUUUGGAGAGAUGGAACGAGACGCUUUGCUAGCCCAUGGCACGUCUUUCCUGCUGCAUGACCGCCUUUUCAACUGCUCUGACCGUUCUGUCGCCCAGGUGUGUAUGAACUGCGGCAGUCUGCUUUCGCCCCUGCUGGAAAAACCGCCACCUCAUUGGUCAGCCACACGCCAUCGCAAGACCAUCUGCCUGCUGUGUAAGAAGAGUGACUCCAUUGAGACAGUGUCUGUUCCCUACGUGUUUCGCUACUUUGUGGCUGAACUUGCAGCAAUGAACAUCAAAAUCAAACUAGAUGUGAAGUGAAUGUAAUAACUGUGAAAACAUAGAGUACCAAUAUUAAAUACAUGUAUUGUUCAGUUCCUCUUAAAUGUCA